AUGACGAAAGUUCCUCAGGGGUUCGAUUUCAGUUUUUUAAGUGAGGAAGAAGCCAGGAAGAUCCUUCAGGUGCUGGAAAGAAAUGAGGAACUACAAAGAGCAGAGAAGGAGAGGAUCAGCAAGCUUCAGAAGACAAAGAGGGAUAUCAGAUGGCUUCAAGGAGUGACUGGAGAAUGGUUUGAAGAAAUUCAAAGAAAAAAGUUUUGCACUGAAAUAGAUGUUAGCCAAAUGAUAAAACAACCACUCACACACAGGCUAAGGAUGGCAAAAAAUGAUCCUAUGGAGUUACAAACAUCAAGAUCUAAAAUUCUAACUAAUCAAAAAAAACCCACAUCUGCGCCUUCCCGACCGAGCUUCAGAUCGUCAUUUGCUUCCUUGUUCUCAUUCAGAAAACCUGGGAAGGAGRCUUUAAAGCUUCAAUCUCUGGGACAGAAAGGGUGUGAUGGCCAUGUAGGACCUCCUGAGCCUGCAAGGGGAACGACUGUGCAGGCAAAAAUAUAUAGUUCACCUCUGGAAAAUCAACCAGUUGACAGCGCAUCUGUCCUCACACCAGCAAUCAUGAGGGUGGGGAGUGGAAUGCCUCCUCCAUGGGAUGCUUCAGUUCUGGACAAUGAGUUUUUCCAAGUUUUAGAUGAUUUGGAUAGCACACUGGCUCAGGAGCAGUCUGCAAGUUCAGUGAAUACCAACAUGUCCCUAAACUACGGAUCAAGAACACCCUUCAGUCGUUCUUACUCCAGUGGGAACAGAUGUGGCAAUAUUAUAGGAACACACAAACAUCGCUACAAUGAAACUUCCAAUAUGUCAAUUUAUGACAUCCUGCGACCAGGAACUCCUAGAGAAGGCUUUAAAACCUUUUCUCCCAGGACAAGGACAAUUUGUGAUAUGUACAGGUCAAGGGAGCCCAGAAUCUUAAAAGAAGAUUACGCGCAAAAGAAUACUCUUGGUAGUACGUCUCUAUGUUUUGACAGCCGGCAACGAACAGCCUCACCAGCCCCAAGGCAUUUCACAGCAAGAAGUGUACAUUUUCCAGCCACAUCUCAGAACAAGAGUAGGUUUGUACCACCAAGCCACCAGCGGACCCCAAAGAGAACUCCUUUGUCAUCCAUCAUAUGGAAUAGAUCAGAUUCUUCUGGAGAUAGGCAGAACCAGGAAGAAUUUCUGAGGGCACAAUCACCCAUGGAAAUGGACCCUGCUGACCAUUAUAUGUACCCAAGGUGUUUUCAGGAGAAUAGGAGAUAUGAAUUUUACCAUUCACGGAAUGUUUUCCAGAGUGCUAGUUUAAAUGCCCCCAUGGAUAAUGCAAUGAGUCCUGAUGCAUUUGAGAACUCAGAGAAUAUGCCAUUUUACUAUCAAGACAACCUAUUUGCUAGGUCUUUCUUUAGCAAUACCUUUAGACAAAGCAGAGAACAGAGAUUUGGACAAAGUUCUUUUUGGAACCAACAGAAAGAAUAUUUUCCCUAUUCUGACUUUCAUCCAAGUAGGAAACCAUUCACUUCUGACAGAGACUUUGAAAUGAUUUCCAUUGAAGCAAAUAGUGCAUCAGCUAUUCAUGGUCAUAGUAUCCCUUCUCAACACUGGGAACCAUUUUCUUCUCAUUAUGGAACAAAUCUUUUCAGAGGCCAAGAAGAGCCACAUCUGUGGCAACCUGAUUUUCAAACUUCCCCACCAGAGAGCAUGGAGAUAUCACCUGGUAAUGAGAGCCAAUCUACUCAUUUUGGCACACCUAAUGUUUACUCCAGGACUGGUUCAGGUUAUCACAUCAAAUCUAGUGGGUUGGAAUGUCAUCAGGACAGUUCUCCUAGAGAAGUACUUAUAAACAAAGAACCUUACUCAUUUGGAAUUGCUCAGACUCUAGUGUCCUCAUUCAAAAAUUCCUUCUCCCGGAUUCCUGAUGAACAAGGGAAUUCUCAGAGUCCCAACUUUCAGCAGGCUACAGUGACUUUGCAGAAAAUUAUUCCAAAUAAUCCAGAUACCCUUCCAAUAAGAAACCAUAUGGAGGAUAUUGUGACAGAUAGCAACUCAACUGAUUCUCUGUCACUGACUGAAAGCCAGCUCAAUAUCUCGGUCACAGAAAUGAAUAAUGAGAAGAACUUGACUGAAUCUAUUUUAGAAGACAAACAACUAAACAAGAUGGACCAGGUGAACAUAACAGGUGAAAUACCCCAACCUGUUUCACAGACAGUGAUCUCUAGCCCUUUAACGGAUUCUCAGAAUUCUCUCUCCCAGGACUCAGCCAAGAGCAAUAGGUUUGAUUUUAAUGAACCUCCCAAAAUAAAUUUCAAAAGGUCACCCAGAGUCUUUUCUAGGAACGAUACUUCCCAAAUGUAUGCAUCACCCAGAGAGAAGGCCAAUGAACUUAAAAAAGAGAAGAGUUUUCCUGGGGACAAAAAACUUGGUUCAACAACUUCCCUUUCUUUCACCCAGGAAAGCAUAACACCACCAUCUUUCCUUGGCCCAAAUCAAGAGUGUCAUCAGGAAUUAACAGUAGGUAGUGAAGAUAUUUCAAGCAUUAUUAAAAAUUACCACUGGCACUCUGAACCUAUUGAUAUUCAAAACACACAGUCUCCAGAGGAAGCUCUGGCUGCUGGGAACAAUAGCUUAAGCAGUUCUUCAGGUCUGUCAUCAGGUGCACCACCAGAUUCCUCACCAUCAAAUAAUUCUUUCCCUGAUGAACUGAUGAUUCCUUCUACUACAGUGUUCUCCAGGAAAAGUACUUCAGACAAAGAUCUACUUCUGAAAGAAAGGGAAGGAAAAGACAAUGCUAGCAAAAAACAAAAUGAUCAGUUUGCUGUAAGCCCCACAGGAAAUCAGAAGAGUAUGGAUAGUCACAUGCCUGUAAGUGAUGAAGUGGUUGAUGUUGUCAAAUGCCAUUCAUGCUCUCCAUUCAGAAAUGGAAGGGGAAAAGGAAAAAUAAGACGUCGAAUAUCCUGUAUUGAAAAGUUAAGCAAAAUAGAAAAUAGGUCAAUACCCAUCAGUGAAGGCAGUAGCCUCAUUGAGGAGAACCAAAGCAACGAGCUUAACACAAUUUAUUGUACCUUGCCAAGAAAAUCAGCCAGUUUUCUCAUAAACAGCAGACAGCCUGAAAGUAAGAUAAUGGCUGCUUCCAUUAGGAAUGGACCACUUCCAUUCCAAAUAAAAAACAAUGUGGAAGAUCCAGUUGGGAAGUAUCAAUCAAGCAAAUUCAGUCCCAGUUCUCCUGAGUUGGUAAGUGAAUGUUCCAAAGGUAUUUCAGACUCAGUCCCCGUAGCACCUGAAGACACAGAGAGGAAGACAUAUAUGAAAGGCAUUCAAAAUGCUUCUGUCAGAAAAGGACCACUUCCAUUCCUCAUCAAGAGGGCUAUGUCCUGUCCUUCAGGGGAGCCAUGUGCCUCAACUGGAAAAGAUGGAAGAAAAAAGCCAUCAGUUUCAGACACAGAUACUUAUGCUGUAACACCAAGCCCUUGGGAGAGAAUGGUUAACUCUCUGGAAAAUGACUCAUCUGUUAGAGAUUGUUCUUUAACCAAAAGACACCAUCUAAAGGGAUUCUCUCCAGAAUGCACAGAAAAGGAUGGUGAAACUAUUGCCUCCAGGACAAGUGUAUUUUCCCUUUCAAAUGAAGAUCCAUUACCUUUUUGUGCAGAAUUGUCAGGAAAAGAAUGCAGGAAAACAUUGCAUAAAUUUAAGACAACUAGCACAUUUUCUGUUUCUGGUGAUGAAGAAAAUGUAAAAUGCCUUGAGGUGGUUUCGAUAUAUUAUACUCUACCAAGGAAACCCAGCAAAAAAUUCUGUGAUCUCCUUCAACGGUAUACACAAAAUGCCAGUCCACUUACAGAAUCACCUCAGGUGGAAACUGAAACAUUUCCUAAUGAUUUAGAAAGAGAUGAACCAACUUAUUCUCCACCAGACCAAUCAGAAACACUUUCAGCUGAAGAUCUAACGGUACCAGUCAACUCUGCUCAAAGUUAUCUUUCUCAGACCACUGAAAACAUGGCUGUCUUCAAAUUACCAAACAAUGGGCUCUCAGAAAUGGCUUCUGUUGGGACAGAUGUUUGUCUUCAUAAAGGAGAAUCUAAAACUAGAAAUACUUCCCCAGACAACUUAGCUAAAACACCUUUAGGUGAUUUACAAAGCAGAAAAGAGAAAGGGGGAAAAUGUCAAAGUGGAACCCUGCAUACAUCACUAAUGCUUCAGGAAAGAAAUGGUACCCACAAAAACUCUGAAACCUCCAUUAAUGCAGGAAAUGGUCUCCCAGCCCAUUUAGAAGAUAAUGUUGAAAAUUCUCAAACCAGAAGUUCCAGGGAGUGUGCAGGUAGUGGUAUAGACUUUAUAGCUACUGCAAGUGGAGAGUGUCCUCAAAAAGAUCACACAGUGAUAUUUGUAGAUGAUAGCUCCAGUGGAUCACAGCCGAGGGAAGUCAGAGGGAAAACUGAAACAGAUUGCCACAAAAGAACUGAUAGAAUGCUUUCUGAUUCAGAAAACCGAGUCUUUGCUUUAAUUCCRGCAUUCCAUAAACUGCAAGUAGUUGAAGAGACUCAUUCAGGUGAACAAGAUUUAGAGAAUUUAGAGUCUGGACCCAGAGAAUCAUCUCAAGCAAGUCAGGAUAUAAAUAUAACAGGAAAUAUAACAGAAAGCAGGAAGGUUAAAGAUGAAAUGCAGAAAUUAGCUCGGGAUCAAACUUUACUUCCUGGAGGGAGUAAUGAAAAUAAAACCAACUUGGGUAACCCAGAAAAAGCAGAAAACAAACCUACAGUUAAACAUAGAUUGGCAGCCAUGUCUAAAGCAAACAGAAAAUUCCCCACUAAGGACUUAAGUCCUAGAAGACAUGUAGCUACUAUCUUCCCCCAAAGCGGGAGCAAAUCUGGCUUUGGCCAUUUAUCACUUGGCAAUCUGGAAUGUGACCCACUGUCCCCUGAGCCUACUCCAAAUUCCACAGGUUCCACAGAUGAAAGCUGCUUGAGUAAUAAUGGGAUGAAUAUGGAGAAAUCUGAGAACCCUCUCCAGGAUAUGAUAACAUCCAGCAGAGAAACUUCUAGCCACUCCUGUGAUCAGAAGUCUGACAACAUUUCACAACUACAUCAGAAUGAGUUUCAAAAUGUCUCAGAAUCACCCCCAAAGCAUGAGAAUUCUGAAGAUGUGGCAGUAGCUCAGAUUUUGGAAAAAGAAUCAGGAACCCCAACCCAGCUCACAUUCACCAGCCUCAGAGAAGUUGACUUCUCUGACCAGCAGAAGAGGCUGAGCCCUCCUUUUCCACUGGAGCCUGCACAAAAUUCUACAGUCAACCUCUCACUGGCCAGUUGUCAGCAGCAACAAAGGAGUGCUUCAUCUCCGAACAGGGAAUCUGAGCCCCAUCUCUAUCGUUCAAAGAGCUUAAAGAACAUCAGUGUGCUAGGUGAUCAGCUAUAUGUAAGUGGACCUCCCAAAGUCAGGGAGCGCCAUUUUUCUGAAAGCACUUCUAUUGACAAUGCCCUGAGUCAACUGAGCCUUUCGAAUGAAUUCUCUACCAACGCUGGAUAUGGCAGAAGAUUCAAAUCUUUUUCUGAACUUCCUUCCUGUGAUGAAAAUGAACGUUGGGCUUUGUAUAGCAGCAGGACAAAAACAGUUCCCAAGUCUGCAUCAUCUAUAUCCAGACCUAUUGACUAUGGGAUUUUUGGGAAAGAACAACAGUUGGCUUUCUUGGAGAAUGUAAAGAGGUCACUCACACAAGGCAGAUUAUGGAAACCAAGUUUUCUUAAGAACCCAGGCUUCCUGAAAGAUGAYGUAAUCAACCCUUCCAACACAUCAGAGUCAUUAAGUUCAAAUUCUCCUAGCAGUCAGGUGCCAAAAGAUGGCUUAUUUGCCAACGAACCACUUAAUAUAUAUGAGGAGGACCCAGUGGACUCAGAUUGUGACACAGACACUACCACAGAUGAUGAAUACUACCUGGAUGAAAAUGACAAAGAGUCAGAACUCUGA